AUGAGAAUUUUUGAAAAAAUCGUCGUUAAGCUUCGUGAGUUAAGGAUGAUUUUUGGAAAAUCGUCACGGAGAGGUUGCUACCUUGAAACCCCUCAGUCUCUCACCGUCGUGGUUUCACCUUUGUGUAGCCGCGCAGUGCCACCAUUGUCGUGUUCUCGUGUCGCCGUCAACGUUGAAGGUGUGAACCCUCACUCUCACUUUCGCCUCUGCCAUGCCGCGACGUUGAAGUCUAGUAACCUAGUUGUUUCAAAUUAUUGUAAAAAUUUCGUAAAUUUAUUGGGAAAAGAUGCAAGGAUUCAAGUGAAUCAACUUGUGCAUUAUGUGUUCAAUCAUGCACUGGUGGGUGGCAAUUUGGCCGACAGGAUUACUUUUGAGAAUGUUGUUUUACUGUGGUUCAUGCCGGUCAAUAUCCUCUUGACAUUUAUAAUAGGCUAUGCCUUAGGAUGGAUCCUUAUCAAAUUAACAAAGGCUCCCAAACACUUGGAAGGGCUAAUAAUGGGUGUCUGUUUUGUAGGAAAUUUAGGAAACUUGCCUAUAAUCAUUAUCCCGGCUAUCUGUAAAGACAAAGGUAGUCCUUUUGGAGACUCCAAUGUCUGCUGUCAAUAUGGAAUGGCUUAUGCUUCACUUUCUAUGGUGGUUGGAGCUGUUUAUAUAUGGACUUAUGUCUAUAACAUAAUGAGAGUUUCUACAAGUGUAGUACCAAAAGAUGAUUAUAGAACUAACUCCUUCAGACUGGAGGCUUCAGAAGAAUUCCUAGAAUUCUUACCAGAGGAAGAAUCCUCAGAACCUGAAAAUCCACCAAAGGACAACAUGAUGUAUUACACAUUUCUGCUUUCUUCAAUUGAAUCUGAGGAGAAUGUGAAGUUACCGAUCUCAGCUAAAAUCAAACACCAAAUUGGAAAGCUUUUAGUCAACUCCAAUUUCAGAGCUAUAUUUUCACCAGCAACUCUUGGAGCGAUUGUUGGCUUUAUUGUUGGAGUAGUUCCCCAGAUACGUAAGUUGAUGAUUGGCGGUGAUGCUUCACUUCAUGUGAUUCAAGACUCUGUUACCAUGGUUGGGUAUGUAUGCAUCCCAAAACUUAUUUUUAAUUUGAAAUUACACUAG